AUGAAAGUUGAUAAUUGGACAGGUGACCCUCUUAUUAAUGAUAUUGACAUUGGUCAACUGAUUAACAAAGGUAUAAAUUCCCACAUUAGAAUCGCUGAACUCUCGACUAAUGGUUGUUGGAAUAUUCCGGCAGAUUGGUUUGCUUGGUUUCUGUUUUUGAAUCCGCUGAUUGCCCACCUUCCGCCACCUGAUGACAGUGCCGAUGAUUAUCUUGGCUGGAACUGCAACACUACAAGUCUUUUAGUUUUAAAAGAUGCUUACUGCUUCAAGGCCAAAUCUGGUUCGGACUGUCCUUGGAGCAAAGAGAUUUGGCAUUCUAAUACCCCCUAG